AUGUCUCGAAGUUUCGCAAAAACUGUCAACGACGCUGUGAAACCCCUGUGCUGGUUAAUCGGUCACUGGAAAUCUAUCAAAGCUGAGGGAAUUUACCCCACAAUUGAACCAUUCACGUACUGCGAUGAAAUAGUUUUUGAAAGUAUCGGCCAGCCCUUGCUAAACUACACCUCGAAAACCUGGCACCCAGAAAAGGGGAACCCCAUGCACUUCGAGAGCGGAUUUUUACGAAUAAAUCCGGGGACAAACAAUGUCGCUUUCAUGAUUGCCCACAAUUUUGGCGUGACUUCUUUGGAAGAAGGCGUCGUCACGGGCACAACACUCAAGUGUAAAUCAACCCAAAUCUCAAGAAUGAGUUUUGCGAGGGAUCCCCCGGUUUUAGCAAUCGAGCGGGAAUUUAAACUAGUGGAGAACGGCAAUUUGGAAAUCACUGUGUAUAUGGAAACGGCCAAAACGGCUCUAACCCAGCACUUGAAAGCCGUGUACGAAAAAAUGUAAAUAUUGUAGGGAAAAAAAUAAAACACACUUUAAAAUUUCA